GCGAUAAGGAACGCGAGUGCCGGCGCUGGGUUUAGCGGGUUUCGCCGCGGCGGCGCGCAGACCGGGCCGCUGCAGCGGGCAGGACCGAACCGAACCGGGCCGGACCGGAGCAACGCGCCCCAUGCUGCCUGCGGGCUGCGGCCGGCGGGUGGCGGCGGCGCUGGCGGCGGCGCUGGGCGAAGGCGCGGAGCGGCGGCGGGAGCUGGAGCAGCGGACGGCGCGGAGCCGGGCCCUCCUGCGGUGCUGGGGCAGUGAGGAAGACGAGCAGUCGCAGCCAGAGGCCGGCUCCAGCAGCGGACAUGAGAACAGGCCUUCGCCCAAGGAGCUGGAGGAGCUGGAGUUGCUGAACAGGGCCUUAGAGAAGGCACUGAAAGUUAGGAAAAGCAUCUUGAAAAGUCCAUUAGAGGCUCAGGGAGCUACAGGAGAGAAAUCUGCAGGUGAGGGACCUACUCCCAAGAAUGCUGAAGAGCAGCAAGUGCCUGUACCUGUUGAGGAUGUUCCUGAGAACACAAAGGUGAGAGCUGUAAGCAAAAAGCCUGCCUCUUUGAAGAAGCCCUCUCCAUACCAGCUAAGAGCCCCUUAUAGGACUGACCCAGAUGUGAAAAAACUGCAAAGGAAAGCCCCAGCCAGAUGUGUUUCUCAAGGUUCCAGGACAGCUGGGAAGAGCUCCUCAAAAGGGGUGGCUUGCAAACAAGGAAGGAGUCAUAGGACAGUAAUCUGUGCCAGUGACAGAGAGGUCCCUGCUCCAGCUGAACCCCAGAAGAUACCUGGCUUGUCCAGAUCUGCCCUGAAUGAGCAGCAAAGCUUUUCUGUAGGGGAUUCAGCUGGGGGAAAGAACUCUGUAGCUGCUGGCAAGCGGUUAUCUGAUGGAGGGAGGAAAAAUUGUGGUUUCCUGGGAGAGUCCAGCAAAAAGGAGGACCCUACAACUGAAGGUGCAUUGGGAAGGAGCACCUCACCUCGGACGGUCACCCUGCAGGAAAAGGGAUGCCAGCUGAAGCUACCCCUUCCCUACAGGAAAGCCUAUUCCAGGAAUUCCAGGGCAUGGGAGAGAUGUCGUCUCUGCCAAACAAGUGCAGAUGCAGCAGCUGCAAGGAACCGUUUUAUAGAGAGGAUCCAGACCACUUUUUGUUCAACAAUGCUGGCCUUCAGUCCUGCAGAGAUAGAGAAGGAAUUAAAGGUCCUCCAGGAUGUCCCCUCCCUUCUGAGCCAGUAUGUGGAAGCUGAGCCUGCAGACCAUCCCACUCUGGAAAGAGAGUAUGAAAGCCUUCUAACCUUGGAGGGUUUGCAAACCACAGUUUCCCAGUGCCUGCAUAAGCUGCAGCUUCUGCGAACAGCUAUGGAGUCCCAGAUGAGGCUGCGCCCAGACUGCGCUGGGGACAUAGGAAGCUGCUCUCCAGCCUGUGUUCCUCCCAGGGGACAGAUGUGUGACAGUGCAGGCAUCCUGGCUGUGCCUCUCCUUUGUUACUCCAGUUUCCAGGAGCUGAGGGACCUGUUUGCCUUGAAGCUGCAAGUGUCAAUGCUGCACCAAGAAAUUGCCUUACAAAAGGUCCCCUGACUGGUCACCCUACGUCCCCAGCAGUGUCCCACCACCCCGGUGAGUCUCAGCCUCGAGCCUUCUCCAGUCCAGCCAGCAUCGCCAGUCCGUGGGCUCCCAGUGAGGGUCCCCCAAGCCCUGUGCCAGGGGACAAAGCUGGCAGAGGGUGACACAGGCAGAAAGAGCAACUCGGAAGGAGGCGAUGGUGUUGGCAUGUGCAGGGAGGAGGUGAAGAGGCUCUAUGGAGCGGCUGGAAGUCCCGCUGCCCGUUCCUUCGGGGUUUCGCUGCCCGUGGGGCUGCCUGAGGUGGUAUUUGCGGCAGCAUGGCCCUGGGGGGACCUGGGCACGGUGGGCAGCCAGGCUAGCUCCCCUGCCGUGGCACUGCCUGGCCGGGGACUGGACCGGUGAAAACACGCAAACUGCAAAACCACAUCCCAGGAGCAAUCCCAGCUGGGCUGCAGGCAGCUGCCUGCUCAGAGCCCGAAACGGUUAACAGGCAGCGAGGCCAAGCCGGUCCUCCCACCGGCAUGAGAUCACCGCUGCCACCGCCAAUCCCGGAUCCAAUCCUCGCUCCGUCUGGCAGCAAAAGAGCCGGGAUCCAAAGCCGGGAGCGAGAGCAGCGGCAGCCGAGAUCGCGGCCGGUCUGGUCUGCACCGAGGCACCCCGAGCCACCGGGGGAAGCUGACCAUGUAGGAUCCGGCCUCUUCCCUCCAUCGCCGGCACAGCGGCGGGUCGUGGCGGGACGGCGACCGGCGUCCAACCCAGCCGCGCUUCGCGCUGGUCGUUCCUGGGUUUUCUCGCCAACAUGAUGGGCUGCAAGUCCAACUCGCUCACUUGCCUGCAGGGAGGAAAACCAGGGCUGCCGCUGGCCACGGCCACCGACUCCACCGCUACGCUCAACAAGCUGGCCCUGGCCACGGGCGGGACUGAGAAAUCCUGGUACCGCUGCAUCUUCCCCUUCGGCAUCGUCUCCGUGGUCAUCGGCGUAGCAGCGACGUGCAUCACCUUCACCAUCAAUGGCCCGCAAAUGGACAUCGCUAAGGUGGUCUCGGUGGCCACCUUGAUCUUCGGGGUGGGCCUGCUGGUGGCUGCCUACGUGUGCUGGCGGGCCAAGCGGGAGAGGCAGCGGAAGAGGCAGCGCCAGGAGCCCCUCUCCUUAGAGCAGGGAGCCCUAUGACCCAGGCUGGGGGCAGAGGCUCAGCUCCACCCGGAGCCCCCUGCUUACACCCCCCCCCUCCGCCCAGCGCCCAGCGGCAGAGGGGUGACGGCACCGGCUUUGUCGCACCCGAGGAGGUCCGGACCCUGCCCGAGGUCAGCUUGCUGUCAUUCUCCACCCCGCCGAGCCACGCCACCGCCCGCGCCCGGCCAUCCCUGCUCCCGUCGCACCUGCCUGCCCGGGACCGGCACGGAAAGAGCCCGGAGAAUGGCCCGGGGGGCACGUCGCCACGCACGGACCCGCUGCCCGUCCCCGCCACGGCGCCGCUCUGUGCUGGGGGAUGCCGAGACAGCCCAGCACCCCCUGCUCGGCGUCAGAAGAAACCAGUGUCACUUCUGUCCUCUUGUGUUUUUUCCCUGUCGUGAGGACCCUUAUGGCUCGGGACAAAAGGAGUUUCGAAAGAAACUCGCUCGGUGCGGAGAGAUGCGGGGCAGGCUCGGCGUGGGGCUGCCGGCAGGGGAGGGGGGCUGGCAGGAGGCAGCAAACUCCGACACGUGAGCGUGGCUGACUUGGCACGCGAGCCCCUGGGGACAGCGUGGGUGACAAGGGGAGGUCGGGCGCUGAGCGCAGCGGUGGGGGGGUGACGGACCUUGGCACCUGCCGGGGGGGGGACGCGGGGAGCUGAGGGGCUCAGGCUGGGCAGCCCCCCCGUGGGUGGCGGCUGUUGGGUGUUUGCUGUUCACGGUGUGGCACGGCGUGGCAAGUGGAGGAGCAAACCGGGCUCUUUCUGUCACUGUGUGUCCCGGGGCACAGGUCCCCUCUGCGGGGUGUGGGGGGGUCCGUCUGCCUGGGAUGCCCGGGGAGCAGGGGCUCAUGCUGUGAGUUCGCAGCGGCAUCCCCCAGCUGUGGGAGUCUGAAAGCAAUUCUGUUGCUGGAGAAGGAGCUGGAGUUGCAUUAAAAAGAAGCAAAUACAUUUUUACCACUUUUUUGGAAA